CUCAUCGACAAAUGCAGUCACGGUUGAUCAAUUGCCUACCCCCACCCUGUGGCAUGACCUACAGCAUCUAACCAGGUUAUGGUUCUCUUUCUGACAUGGCUGCAGCCAGCCAUCAUGCAGCUCUCAACUCUCACAUGAUAUUGACGUCGACGCGUGGGCUGUGACAGUGCUAAGAACACAGUUCGCACCCAACCCUCUAACCUACAUGCAUGCUGUUCACAUACUUCGAAUAUCGCCUUCAACGUUUGAUGCCAUGAUGAAACAGAAAGCGAACCGAUUCCUCCCUCACUGAUCACGAUUCUUAUCGAGACAUGGAACCCAUACAGGCCGCAAGGACACAGCGUCCCCAGCGCCAACCACAACGGCGGCAACAGUACUUACAGCAGCAGCAGCAGCAGCCAUCGGCGCAGCAGAAUCAAAAACUGUUCAACACUGGCACAUGGUCUCCGGCCGAGGAUGCGCGCCUCCUCGAUGCCGUGGCCAAGUACGGAAACCGGUGGGUGCUGGUCACGGGCAAGGUGAGGACUCGCAGCGGAGACCAGUGCGCCAAGCGUUGGAACGAAAACCUGAACCCCGAACUGGAUCAUGGCCCCUGGACGACCGAAGAAGAACAGCGUCUUUUAGGCUUGGUUGAGAUUUACGGCCAUAAUUGGAAGCUCAUAGCCAAGAACUUUUUCGAGGCGCGCGCACCCUUGGCUCUCAAGAACAGGCACUCUCUCCUUAUGCGACGUGUCAAGCGCCAGGAAACUUGGAGGCAGCAGCAGCAGCAGCGACAACACCAGCAGCAGCACCAUCAGCAGCAACACCAGAAGCAACUACAGCAGCAGCAGCAACAACAACAACAACAACAACAACAACAACAACAACAACAACACGACAACAACAACAACAACAAC